AUGAGCCUGAAUGCGACUGAAAUUACCGGCUGCCUCAAGAAUCCCUUCAAUCCAACGAAUCUGUUCUGCCCUACAGCCGGAUUCAUGGAUGUCUUCAAAUGGUUCGUCAGUUUCACGAAGACUGAAUCGCCCAAUGCCCUGCUCUUUACGGACUACCUCAGUAGCGUCCAACGUAAGGUUGCCGUCAAGACCGACUCUGACAGUUCCGGCACCUCAGCCUACACCACCGUCAUUACAGAGCAGGCUUCGAGGACACUCGGCAGUUUUUAUAAUUUUGCAAGGCGUACUAACACUGGCGGCAUUGGAGACGUUGCAUAUCCUCGGUUACGCAUCACGGCGGAUACGCCACUCCUCCAGCCUGUCGUUAUGGUAAAGUGUAGUAUGUCCUUCUGGAACUGGGACUCGAUUCGAGAGAAUAUCUCGUUUCCGGACAUAUCACAGGCAUGGAGGCCGGCGGGGCUAAAUUACGGAACACCUGGAUACGUGGAUGCUGAAGAUGUGAUCUUUGAUGGACUUCCGGAUGAGAACUCACGAUUUGAGUGGUACAAGAAAUCUGGCAUGAACACAUCUACAUCACUGCUUGCGUUGGCAAUCGUACCCAUUGUAGCAACAAACUCUUCGACAGACGAAUACCGAUCUUCGGCCAUUGUGGCCUGCUCGACCGAUGCACGCUGGGCAGCCAGUGACGCGUACUAUCAGCCCGCGAACUCAACCAUCGUCUCCAGCAAUGUGUCCGAUACACUUUCCAAUACGCUCUCCGAGACCGAUUGGCAAUACGGUGAAUCACUUGUUACAAAGUAUGCACUUUCGCAUAAGCCGCUCAAUCUACAGCUCGACUGGGCUGCGUUGCUCAACGGGAAUCAAACUAGCCGGUCCGCCGACAACUCCACCUCGAACAGUACAGGCAUGGCUAUGUUCCUUAAUUCUGCCAUCGACAGCCGCAAGCUAGACGAUGGCAAAACGACGGCGUUUUCAGCGCCGAACGUCACAUCCAAAGACGCGGGCGGCGCGAUCGAGGAGGCAUUAGCCAUGCUAAUAGGCGUCGUACUUACGGACGGCAUAGCGCGAAGCUCGUCCCUGAUCCGAAGUGGUAACGGUACUGGAAGUCUAUCUUGGGCCAAACAGUGA